AAUGUAUGCUGCUUUAACGAGUCACAGCCGUCAAUUGAUAUCUGCAGUUACGUGUUAUUCGUAUAAUAAGUAUGUAGAAUAAUAGUUUGGUUUUGUUGCAAGCAGCAAACGAACACAGCUGACAUGUUAGAAGAAGCAGUAGUCUAUGUAAAGUUCCUGCAGAAACAGAUCCAGGAACUUACGGAGCAUCAGAAGGAUUGCAAAUGCUUAAUUAAUGAUUGACCGAAACGACAGACCAAGACCAAUUUGUGUGUUGUUCUGAUAGUGUCUUAACUUAAAGCUAUUGCUGGGAUCGAGACAUAUUGGGGAAGAUGAUCUAAUUUGUGGUUUAUUUGUUUCAUAUGAAUUCCAUCAACCUUUUUGUGUGCUAAUACCCCUCACUGUCUUGAUGUUUUAUAUCGUCUUGUCUGGUAAAUGCAGUUGGAUAUGAGGUUUAGAGUCUUGUUUUAAAAGCUGCUAAUGGGAUGGAUCCUUAAUGGGGAAGAAAUUAUAAUUUGUCAUCUAAUUUUAUUCGACUGCUUUACAAUGAUUAAUGUCAAGUUACCGGACAUGCUCUCGUGUAUGCAUAUCGAAACCGAGACACCAACGGAGCUGCAGCAAAGAUUGAACGAUUUGCUCAGGUUUCUCCAGAGCAACCAAGGAGCAUUUUUCAAUUCAAAUUACCAGAAAUCGGAAGGUUUUGUGGGUGCUGUAAAGAAAGAAGAGAAAUAGCUCAGAUACCUCUAUUAUCUGAGUAAUGCUGUUGUACAGCCAAAGAGUGCCACCGAGACAGGCAGUUUUAACGCUUGUACGCGGGAUGCUGUUGACAAUGGAUUUGUUGAGUUGCUUCAAGGAGGAAUUAGAGGCUAUGGCUUCAAGAUCGGAAGCAAACGAUCGUCAAGUACACUGUUCCCCGUUCGAACUCUGGGAGAUACGUCUAGAAUUGGUCUACGUUGCAAGCUAUUCUGGUAAUGCUGACAGCAGCAUUGAUAAAGAGACAUGGGGGCUUGACUCAUCGAUCAAGCUCUCUCGGGGGCGGCGGUGGUAUUGCAUGAUGCCGAAGUGCUUACGAGGGUUAGUUCUAACAUUUUCCCGGGCGAUGACACACCCUCUGUCUUCAUCUCGAGAAGGCUGCUGCAUGCACAGGGUAAAUUCUGCAGUUACUGAUUCAUCGCCGCCUCUCCUCUCUCGCUUCUCAGUUCUUCACUGGUGUACAACGGACGGAAAAGGAACAUAGGCUAAUUGGACUCCCUUUCUCAUUCGCCCCAACUAGGGGUGGAAAUCGGAACAAAAUUUCCGAUUUCCGCCGAAUUCGAUCCG